AUGGCGUCGGAUGACCCUGCCGGCGCACUCGAGCUCCCCCAGCUCGACCAGGACGGCGUCGACGAGGCAAGGAGCCGCGUCUCGCAGCAUGUGUCGGCGGCGAAGAGAGGGAGCAAGGGCGUGGGAUUGGCGCGGAGGCGGCGAGUGCUCAAGGACGGGAUGGAGGUGCGCGACGGGACAGGCCGGAAGGAGAAGCCGCCGGACAGCAGCGACGAGGAGGAGGUCGGAGACGACUGGUUUCGACUGCCCGACACGAACAACGAGCGUAUCGGGCUCAGCAUUGGCAAGAUACCGCGGAGAGCGGGCAUGCGGAUACGCAAGACGAUCAGGCGGGUCAAGGAGGGGAGGUUCUCGUCGGACCUCGUCUUCGAGGAGGACGAGUGUGAGCCGGACGUGCUCGCUUCCAGAGCGCUCGAGGAGAAGAAGAACGACGAGGACGGCGCCGGAGGUGCCGUCUUGGCGGCCGUACCGUCAGUGUCGGGCGCAACGGGUUUCUACGCUUCGCCGCAAGGCUCGACCGACUCGCUCGUCAGCCUCGACCUUCCUCUCCCCAGUCGCUCCCAAGUCUCCUUCUCUCGCCUCUCACAGACAAGCAGUCGACCCGGCUUUGCUCCCCUCGCCCAACUCCCUACCCUCACCGAGCUCCAAUCCCGCGACUCGGCCGCUUCGUCUUCUCCUCCCGAGUCGACCUACUCUCCGCCCCUCGAAGCGCCAACGCGGACUCUCACGAUCGAUGACUGCAUCGAUAGUCUCUCGCGCCGCGAUAGCCGACUUGGCGGCAUAUUCCUGCGCCAGCGACACCGACACCUUCCAGGCCGGAAACAUCUGCACGGCCAGAAGAGGCGCACGACAAAGCUCGACACGCAUAUCGGCGAGUCUGCUGAGCUCGACAUGAACAUCGCCAAGGCUCUGAAAGAGGCGGGUGUGAUCAAGGAUGAGGAGGACAAGGUCGAGUGCGACGUGCUGUGGGAGCAUCAGCGAGGCAUGGUCGUCUUCGGAUUGCCCAAGUUCACCGCCAACCUUCUCUUCCAAGUCGACCCGCCCGAGUGGUGCGACGCCUCGCUCAAACCCUCUCCCUUCUCCCCUCACACUUUCCCUUGCCGCCCGUACUGGGUCUGGCGAGACAGCGAGUUCAUGAUUGACAUGAGCGGCGACAAGGACGAAGAGGGCUGGUCCUACGCCGUCCGCUUCCGCUCCAAAUACUGGCGAGGCGAAGCCGUCUUCGGCCGCGCUUUCGUCCGUCGGCGCCGCUGGAUCCGCACGCGCGUCUACCGCCCGAAACCCGUCCUCCCACUCACCAAGCCCGAAGAAGUUGUCGGCCUACCCGACACAGCUGAAGACGAAUUCCUCGGCCCGCACAGCUGUCCCGAUGUCGACUCUCUCGACGCGAUUCACGACCUUCGAACAGCAUGCGCCGCCCUUCCUCUCAGCUCGAAACGCCGCGCCGCCCUCUUCGCCGAUUCAGUCUCUCCCGCCUCUUUCGCAGUGGGCGAAGUUGACCCUCGCAACCCCUUCCUCGCCUUCAAGCGAAUCAAGAUGGAAGCUGCCGCGACUUUCGAUGGCGGCGAAUGCGGGACGGAGAAGGCGAGUUCGAAGGAACCGGUUUGGCGCGACGCGGUCCGCGAGAUCAACUACCGGCGCGUGCUGGGCGUCUUGAAGGCUCAUGCGCGCAUCGAUCGCCAGCGACUCGAGCUUUGGAGGUUGUGGCUCGGCGCGAGGGACCUCAAGGGGGUCGUGAGUGUCGGUGUGAGGGCGGAUGCGGCGGAGGGACCGGCGAAGGGCGUUGGGCAGGAGGGUGCAAAGGCAGUCAUGGCGGCUGCUAAGGUGGUCGCGAAGAAGGAGCGGACGGACGUCUGGGAGGAGAUUGAUGGCGAUGCGAACAGGCCGGAGGCGGACGAUGUGUGGGACGUCAUCGAGUCCAAGCUCGACGCCAUCCUCGCCCUCUUCGACUACAACAUCUCCCGUCUCAAGUUCCUCUCCACCAUCCUCGCCGUCCACCCAAUCCGCCACGACUACCACCGCUACAAAGGCUACGACUUGCCCCUCGCUACUCAGCGGCACCACCUCGAGCGUGCUCUCGAGGCUCGACUGUCGUUCUACGGCGCUGCGAAGGACUUGGCGCGCAAGUAUGGCGGGUGGGUUGCCGAGGCACAGACGGCGGGAGCGAGUCUCGAGGAUGUCGAGGAAAAGCGGGAAGAGGAAGAGCGGCGGGUGACGAAUGGGAACGGGAAUGGACAUGGCCCGAGGGCGGGUUCGAGGGACCGCAAGGGCAAGAGGCGGGCCGAGUUCACUUACUUAUCGCGCAUAGACGACGUCGCCUAA